AUCUAACGGUUCCUAAACAUUAGAAAAUUAAUUCAUUAAACAUAUUCACUUAAUCAGCAUUCCCAUGAUUAAAUGGAAUAAAUUGUUCUUCACUUAUAAAGUUUCCAAUAUAAUGAAAACUUUUGUUACAAAUAAUUCAUCAAUAAUAAUACCUAUUGGAUUUGUUCAGUAUUAUUCAAUUUCUAUUAAUAUCAGAAUGAAUAGUACUACUAUUAAAACUUAUAAUAGUAGUCGCUUAAUUUAUAGAAAUUUAUCAUUUACUGCUAAUUUAUUUCAACCAAUAUCAUCACCAUCAUCGACAUCAGUAAAACCGAGAGAUCAUCAAACCAAUUUAAGUUUGGGACUUUUUCAUCCCAAGAAGAAACGUGUAGAUAAAGAAAUAGUUAACUUAAAACAAUCUGGAUUUUACGAUAUCUCAGGUUAUGGUUUUGCACAGUACACUAAUUUGAAAAUGCUACACUCCUAUCUUUCCAAAUUUGAUAAUCUGUAUAAAUUCCCUACAUUACCAUCGGAACUAUCAUCGGAAGUAUUGCUAGUCUCUCAGUUGUCUAAAAUAAAUACGGAAAAUAAUAAUCCAUGGGAUGCAUUUAUUUUCAAUAAUGGAGUGGCUGUUUUUUGGAAUAUGCCUGAAGAAAAUCAUCAGUCAUUGUUAAAAGAAUUUUGUCAAUUCAGUGAAGGAAUUUUAGAAGAGAAUCUAAUUGAACGUGAAGAUUUAAGAUAUUGUUUUACCAAUGAUCAUACCCGUGUCGUCGGUGAAGACAUUUACUUACAUAUUCCAUCAUUCGACGAUGUGUCACGUCACACAGAACAACAAUCGCACAAAGAUCUAACAUUACAAGACCGAUAUUCAAAGGUGGCAUCAACUUCUUUGACUGACGAUAAUUCACUGUUGGAAAAAUUUGCAUUUUCUGAUGCUUUAGCCUUGUCAGUGAAACUUUCUCUAUUAGAGAAUGGAUUCGAUACAGCAGUUGUUGAAAUUGAACCAUGGAUUGAAAGGAUGAAGACAGGUCGUGGUGCUAGAUUCCGUCAAUCUGCAGUUUUACGAAAAACUGGUGAAUUGUACACAAUUAAACAUUUGUUGAAUGUUAGUACUAGUUUAAUUGAAACACCUGAUUUCUAUUGGGAAAGACCAAAUGUUGAGAAAUUAUUUGAAAAAUUAAAAUAUGUACUAAGUGUUUCAUCAAGAAUAAAGGUAUGUUUAAUAUAUAUAUAUAUGUUUUCCAAUUAAUUUAGUUACUUCAAUUAAAUGUGAGAUUAUAAUUUAUGGACGACCUUUAAGUGACACUAUAAUGACUUGGAGAAUUUCCAUCUACUAACUAGAGCUAAAUAAGGAUUAUAAGCUAGUGUGAGGAAUUAAGAUUAUGAUUUUUAGUUAAUAGUUAUGGUUAAGAACUAGAUUUAGGAUUUUCAUCACAGACUGAUAUCGGCUAAAAUGUUAAAACGCUAUUCAACUAAAUGGAUGAAUGGAUUUUGCGCCAAAAUCCAAGACAUGUUACCCUAAAUCUGAUUGGUUCGUCUAUAAAUUAUAGUCACACUAAGUGAUUAGAGUAAAAUUUAAAGUAACUAUGAUGCUUCAGAUGUAAUAAUGUCAAGUGUAUUUUCCAUAGAUAUUUGGAUUAUGCUAAAUCUAUAAUAAUUCCAGUUAGCAUAGUGGAAAGUUGAAUGUUUGUAUAUGGGGAUAACUUAUUAUUCAUGUAAGAAGUUGGUUUGAUUAUAAAGUUAGCUGAUAAUAAUUAAUAAUGGAUUCGAAUUGUAUGUCUAACGUUUCUUGUCGUUGUAAUUUAAUUAUUACUACAUGAGGAUUGUUUCAAUAUCGCCAUUUAAGCACAAGUAUUAUUAGCGGAGAUGAAUAACAACUAGCAGUAGAAUUCAGAACACUCGUUUCAUUCUAAUCAAUCGAUAUCUGAAUCCAGUAGUUAUGUGGAUAACGUGAUGUUGGUUGAAGUUAACAAUACUGGAUUUAAGUCCCGAAGUUAACAUCAACUCUAGGAUGCAGGUAAAUCCAGCUAAUGAGUCUUACAUAGGAUGAAACUCACGUCCUGGAUUCCACUGCUAAAAUCUAGUCGUUAAGAAUCUAUAGCCAAUUUAAUAUACCUUAAUAAUCGUGUCAAAAUAAAAUAUUGUUGGUAAAUUUCUUAAUUUUUUAUUGUAUAAUUUAUUGAUUUACAUUUACUUCUUUCUAACCGG